AUGGGCGUGGCGGGGGCUGCAGACCCGGGCCGUGCGCCGGAGCGCAACGGCCCUACGGCCCGAGGAGGACAUACUCCACGACAGCGCGCGGAUAGCAGCGAUCCUGGACAUCCGUCAGCUGAUCGGUGGGCAGACGGAGCUGCAGGAGCGGCUGACGCACAUCCUGAUGGAUCACGACAUCACCUCCGACGGCGAGGGGGACUACCUCAUCCCCAGCGCAGCGUCCCCGGCCUGGGACCGGUUGCAGGUCUCCGCGGCGCUGCGGAACAAGAUCUCGCUGCGGAUCCGGCGCAUCCAGGCCGAGCCCUUGUGCCACCGGCUGUGCUGGAACGGGGACACGGAGCCGCGCCGCCGCGCCCCGCGCGCGUUGCCUCCCGGAGGAGAUCUGGGUGGGCCGGCACAAGAUAG